GCAAGAGCGCCGACGGAGCCAUGAGAGAGUACAAAGUGGUGGUGCUGGGCUCGGGCGGCGUGGGCAAGUCCGCGCUCACCGUGCAGUUCGUGACCGGCUCCUUCAUCGAGAAGUACGACCCCACCAUCGAGGACUUCUACCGCAAAGAGAUUGAGGUGGACUCGUCGCCGUCGGUGCUGGAGAUUCUGGACACGGCGGGCACGGAGCAGUUCGCGUCCAUGCGGGACCUGUAUAUCAAGAAUGGCCAGGGCUUCAUCCUCGUCUACAGCCUUGUUAACCAGCAGAGCUUCCAGGACAUCAAGCCCAUGCGGGACCAGAUCAUCCGCGUGAAGCGGUACGAGCGCGUGCCCAUGAUCCUGGUGGGCAACAAGGUGGACCUGGAGGGCGAGCGCGAGGUUUCGUUCGGCGAGGGCAAGGCCCUGGCCGAGGAGUGGAGCUGCCCCUUCAUGGAGACAUCGGCCAAAAACAAAGCCUCGGUGGACGAGCUGUUCGCCGAGAUCGUGAGGCAGAUGAACUACGCGGCUCAGCCCAACGGCGACGAGGGCUGCUGCUCGGCCUGCGUGAUCCUCUGAGGCGCCCGCGGCUGCCGCGCGCCGGCCGCGCUCUGCGCACAAAAGCCAAACGCACCCGACUCUUCUAAAUGUGAUUUCUCUUCUUGCUUUGAGAUUGGAGACGACUUUGCAUCAGCCGGGGUGUCCCGGGAGCCCGGCUGGCCGCCGUGGCCGCGUCCCUUGCCUCUGCCCCGUGUCCGAGGGGGUGUCCCGUCAUGACCAUCCGAGACCCGGUGGAAAUGUGGCUCUUUGCAGCAUGUACGUUUCUCAUUGAUUUUGGUUGACGCAUAUUUCCCCAUUGAAGCAGCCGUUGCGGCGCAGUAUGGCAGCUUGACACCGGCAAGCGAAAGUUUCAGCCUGGAAAAAAAAUGGGGUGGGGGAGGAAGAGGAUGGGGAGAAGGUGAAAAAAGGGGAAUUCUUUUUUUUUUCAACAACGUUUUUCUAGUUCCAAGUUUUAAAUACACGGAAGGAAGUCCGGGAGAACCAAAUGAAGGAGCAGGAUGAGAGGAAGAAACUUUUGUUUUUUCCUUGUUUUCCAGGAGUAGCUGGAAAUUAAGAUCGGGUUCCUUUUCUGCCAGCUUGGAAGGGCAACCCCGUGACUGCGAUUCUGAGGAUGUCUAUGCAAAGUUGGAUUCUUGUUACAGUAUAUCCAAUCUGAAGUAUUGCACAUCUGAACUGGGACUGUUAACACUGAUGCCAAUACAGUGUGGGGUGCCAGAAAGUGUCUGCUGAUAUUUGUGGAAAAAAAAAAUCUAUUUUGUUUACCUACUGUAUCAAAGGGGAGUCUGGGGGAGAACGGUAGUAUUUUUUUUUUUUUAAAUCAGCUGUGAAAAAAAAUGUUACAUAUCUGCACAUUUUUGUGUGUACUGUUGUGUGUGUGUUUGUUCGUUUGGUUUUUUAGAUUUAGCUUUUUUGUUCUCAUUGGUUGGCAGUAACAUGGUGUUGAUGACUAGCUCUUUAAAAUACAGUACAAGGACUUCACAAAUGUGAUUCAGGGCCCCCAGCACCCCUGUGUCUGCAGAGUGCCUUCAAAACUCAGCUGUUCCAGCCGGUGCCAACCUGUGAACUUCCCACCAGAUCCCAGAAUCUGCUAUUCCCCCCAAACCACUUCCCAGUUUCCUUUCAGUAAUCUUCCUGAAGGAGCCAGGACAAUAGGGCCUGUUGUUUGGUGAAUUUCUUUUAUUAUUUCCUCUAAAAUGUAAUUUACUUGUCUUGCAAUGGUUUUUUUUUUUUUUUUUUUUUCCUUUUUAAAAUUUUUUGCUUCAUUUUGUUUCAGUGUUCAGGUAUUUAGCUCCCCUUUUAUAUAAUUUUUUUUUAAUAUUUGGUUUUCUGUUAUAGGGUGUUCCUCCACAAGCAAAGAGCAAAAUUUUACUGUUGUGAUGUACUGAGAGAAUUCUAACAAUUUGUAAUUUCUAAUUCCAGACUCACGUUUAAUCAUUGUCUC